AUGCUGGUCUACAUGUCUCAAUACGUCGAAGAGCGCUCGGCAGCGCCUUCGCCAGCACCCGUCAAGCCUUCUGCAAGCCCUGCCGCCGCCUCCAAGUCUAAGAAGGGCAAGAUCAACUUUGUCUCCAAGGCAAGCCUCGCCAUCUUUGAUCCGAGACACGCCAUGGGCAUCGACACCGGCGACGAUUGGUACGCCAGCCGCUCGCCCGAAACACGAUCCUCGUUCGACCAGCCUUCCCAGCACGCGUUGCAUCGCAGCGAGAACACCAUUCGCAACCAACAAUGGACUGCCAGCCCAACUCCCGAGCUCGAAGCCUUCUCCGCUUCUGCGGACAACCACCCGUACGGCUCGUUCAGCACCACCGAGAUGACACGACAGCAGUCGGCUUCGUCAUCCGUUUUUGAGGACGAUCGUGACGUGCCCGAAGCCACAUCGCGAAGGCGCUUCCUCUCCCGCAAAAGUGUCGCUACCGGCAGAGCAACCACUCCCACCGAGGAUCUUCUUAUUUCCCCUCUUUCGGCCAAGACCAAGGCGAACCGCAACGCGGGCGCAGGCGCCAGCGCUGCGUCUACAUCCAACGCGUCCUCCUUCACCCGCUUCUUUGCGCGCAAGAAGAAGGACAGGGCUCCCCAUCUCGGAGGAAUGGCAUCCAGGUCGACUCCCGACUUCUUUGACGACAUCUCUCAGAGUGCGCCCCCUACCACCUUGACCUUCGAGCAGUCGGGCUACCAGUUCUCCUCAUCGCCGCAACGAAAGGCCUCGGACGCCUCCAGCAGCGUUCACAGUUCCCCCUCUUCGCUUCCCGCAAGUCCAGAACGCCGACCGGCGCGAGUCGCUCACGACGCCAGCAGCCGCGUUCGCGCCUCGCCACUGAGCAGCAAACAGAGCAUGCCGGCGCUGCGCCAGAUUCGUGAGGCUCACAGCGCUGCAGGCGCCCCACAAUCCAGGUCCAUCACCUUUGCUAGCCCCGAGAGGAAGCCACGAACCAAGUCAUCGGCCGCGACGACCAGGACCGACCCUUUCGACGCUGCUCCUGCACUGCCUCCUCUGCCCAGCUUCAGCACGUCUUCUCCGAUGAUUCCGCUCGAAUUUGCUUGGGAUGCCAAGCGCAGCAAUGCGGCAGGCCGUGAGAGUCAGGCGCCCUCGUCUGGAUUCAGUAUCCGGCCCACCAGUCGUGUCGUGUCCAGCACAAGUCGCGGAGUGCCCAGUCCUGGUGUCAGUCCUGUUCGACCUACUGAGGUUCGCAAGGUGCCCAGCCCCGCCCGCAGUGUGCCCGCCCUUCGAUUCGCCGAGGACGUCAGGUCGGCUCCGAUCAAGUCUACGGUGACCCGACCGGCCGCCUCGCCCAGGCGUCACGCCGAUCCCAAGGCCGCUGCUGCUGCUCUCGAGAAGAGGAAAUCUAUGACACAGAGAGUCGUCGACGGCAUGCUUGAUCAGAACCACGGCCGUGAAGAGCCCGAAAUGCGAGCUCGCAGGACAGACAUGGAGGUACGAUCGGCUCGUAGAAGAAGCCGCAGCGCAGACGGUCGAACGUUGCCUGCGCUCAAGAUGCAGGACUUCACCAACUCGCCCAGGUCCAACAGCCAUUCCGAUUCGGUCUUCCCAGCCUUUGUUCGGCAUGCCCCGGCCGCACCUGGCGGCGCCAACAGCCCUCAGUCUCGCUUCUUUGCUGAUACCGAGACCGCCAGAUCUGCCACACCAACGUUCAGACAGACGUCUCCUCGCGCAGCCUCCCCGAACAGGUCCCCUGUUGCAAUCGUGGCGCAGAACCAGUCUCCGUCUCGCCGAAGUCCCCAGCGUCAAGCUUCUGGCGAGACACAUCAAGCCAGGCGCGUUAACUUUGUGGGUCAGCGCGCCAAGGCCGUCGCCGUUGGAAGUCCGAUGCUGCUCUCGAAGAGUCCUCGGUUGGGCGGCCGAAGCGGCACUCCCCUUCCCAUUGUCAACAUCAUGCCUCCUACUCCCGAUCUUGCAUCAAGCGAGGAACACCAGCCACGCGAGGAAGCCAUGAUCCAACAGCCAACCAAGACAGUUGUUACCGAGCAAGCACCAGCACCAGCUCCGACUCCGGUGGUCGCUGCUGUGGAGACGGAGGACGUCAGCAACGUGACCAUCUCGUCGCCUGUCAAGCCCGACGCUGAAUCAACCGAGUGCGACGUUCCUUCUCGACAGGGAGCUGUGACGCCUACACCCAAGACUGUGGGCGCUCAGGCUGUCACAGCAACCGUUGAGGCUCCUGCUCGGUCGAUCGAGACUGCUCCGGCCUCGGCGAUGAGCCCGGCUAGCGUCUACUCGCCUGCAUCCAUCUACUCGCCCGAAGCAAAUGAAGGACCCUUCUCCGCUCUCGGCUUGUUCCGCACCGAAGACGCAGUGAGCAAGGAAGACAUGCAGAUCACAGCCGACUCUGUCGCUACGGAGCUCAGCUACGUUGGCAUGACUCGCACCGAAAGCGUCUCGAGCGAGCUCUCGGGAACCAGCAGCGCCCGCAGCAGCUCCUCCGGCGCCUUUGCGUACUCGCGCAGCAUGUCGAUCUCGUCCUUGGUCAGCGGCGGUACCUACAGCUCGGCCUCGAGCGAGAUCUCGGACAGUCCGGACCGUAAGAUGGGGUACUUGCCCAGCAUCGACUCGCCAGCGUCCUCGCUCAGCCAGAUGUCCAGCAGCGCUUCGCUCGCUUCCACCACCGGCACGAGCAUCUUCGAGACGGAAGCCGAGUUGCGCGGCAUGUCGCCGAUCAAGUCGGGCGCAGGGAUGGACGCGUCGGAAGCGCUCGCAUUGCGCAAGCUCAAGACCCCAUUCCAGGUCAAGAACCUCACGGUCGACACCGAGGCCGCGCAAUCUGCAGCAGACUCGAGCGACUGCGAGACUCCCACGCUUGAAUCGUGCCGACAGAUGGGCGCCAACAAUGCGCAUCGUACCCAGGCACAGCAGGCCAAGGCGAGCACCAACAGGCAGCUCGGACUCAGCAUGGAUCUCAGCGACCUUGCUCAAGAGCUUGGACUGGGUCGUCUAAGUCAGAUCGGCCUCGCCCACCUCAAAGGUGUUGAGGCCUUCGCAGAGAAGCCUGCUCGCCAGCCAACCGCAGCUUUGGGCACAGCCAGCACAGGCACCGUUCAGAAGGUCACACCUGCCAAGCCUCCCAAAUCCUCAGCCCGUGCUGCCGCGGCUUCCAGACCCAUGCCUGCACCCGCCGCCGACGCAAGCGCCAGCGGACUUGCGCGCUUCGGAGUGAACACCAACGACAUUGCUGCAUCUGCUGCGAUGUCGCCUUUACCCGUGUCGAUCGCUGGCCGAUCGCCACAAACGCCUCCUCGCACUCGAUCCACGCCCAUCGAGUCCAACGCGGGACGCAAGGUGUCCGCUUCGGGAGUACCCAAGAUCGACGGUGGCUUCGGAUUGGGACUCAACUUUAUCGAGUCGCCCUCGCCUCAGUCUCGUCCUCGGAAAGCUGCCAUUACACCUGGCAGCUACGGUCAGCACGUCGUCGAACAAACGCACGUCGUCCCUGCUCGAUACCAACAUCACCAGCACGCUUACGAACCGCAGGAGGAUUCCGAGUGGUUCGGCGUCGCCAUGUGA